AUGGAAUCCGGGAGAAGGGGAUGGAAUCUGGGAGAAGGGGAUGGAAUUUGGGAGAAGGGGAUGGAAUCUGGGAGAAGGGGAUGGAAUCUGGAAGAAGGGGAUGGAAUCCGGGAGGAAGGGAUGGAAUCUGGGAGAAGGGGAUGGAAUAUGGGAGAAGGGGAUGGAAUCUGGGAGAAAGGGAUGGAAUCUGGGAGAAGGGGAUCGAAUCAGGAGAAGGGGAUGGAAUCUGGAGAAGGGGAUGGAAUUGGGAGAAGGGGAUGGAUCGUGGAGAAGGGGAUGGAAUCUGAAGAAGGGGGAUGGAAUCUGGAGAAGGAGAUGGAUGAUGAUGGAGAAGGGGAUGGAAUCUGGGAGAAGGGGAUGGAAUCUGGGAGAAGGGGUGCUGGAAUUUGGAGAAGGGAUGGAAUCGGGGAGAAGGGGAUGGAAUCUGGAAGAAGGGGGUUGAAUCUGGGAGAAGGAGAUGGAAUGAGGGAGAAGGGGAUGGAAUCUGGAGGAGGGGAUGGAAUCUGGGAGAAGGGGAUGGAAUCUGGGAGAAGGGGAUGGAAUUUGAGAGAAGGGGAUGGAAUCUGGGAGAAGGGGAUGGAAUCUGGAAGAAGGGGGUGGAAUCUGGGAGAAGGAGAUGGAAUAAGGGAGAAGGGGAUGGAAUCUUGGAGAAGGGGAUGGAAUCUGGGAGAAGGGGAUGGAAUCUGGGAGAAGGGGAUGGAAUCUGGGAGAAGCGGAUCAAAUCAGAGAGAAGGGGAUGGAAUCUGGGAGAAGGGGAUUCAAUCUGGGAGAAGGGGAUGGAAUCUGGGAGAAGGGGAUGGAAUCUGGGAGAAGGGGAUGGAAUCUGGGAGAAGGGGAUGGAAUUUGGGAGAAGGGGAUGGAAUCUGGGAGAAGGGGAUGGAAUCUAGAAGAAGGGGAUGGAAUCCGGGGGGAAGGGAUGGAAUCUGGGAGAAGGGGAUGGAAUAUGGGAGAAGGGGAUGGAAUCUGGGAGAAGGGGAUGGAAUCUGGGAGAAGGGGAUCGAAUCAGAGAGAAGGGGUUGGAAUCUGGGAGAAGGGGAUGGAAUCAGAGAGAAGGGGAUGGAAUCUGGGAGAAGGGGAUGGAAUUUGGGAUGGAAUCUGGAAGAAAGGGAAGGAAUCCGGAAGGAAGGGAUGGAAUCUCGGAGAAGGGGAUGGAAUAUGGGAGAAGGGGAUGGAAUCUGGGAGAAGGGGAUGGAAUCUGGGAGAAGGGGAUCGAAUCAGGGAGAAGGGGAUGGAAUCUGGGAGAAGGGGAUGGAAUUUGGGAGAAGGGGAUGGAAUCGUGGAGAAGGGGAUGGAAUCUGGAAGAAGGGGGUGGAAUCUGGGAGAAGGAGAUGGAAUGAGGGAGAAGGGGAUGGAAUCUGGGAGAAGGGGAUGGAAUCUGGGAGAAGGGGAUGGAAUUUGGGAGAAGGGGAUGGAAUCGGGGGGAAGGGGAUGGAAUCUGGAAGAAGGGGGUUGAAUCUGGGAGAAGGAGAUGGAAUGAGGGAGAAGGGGAUGGAAUCUGGGAGGAGGGGAUGGAAUCUGGGAGAAGGGGAUGGAAUCUGGGAGAAGGGGAUGGAAUUUGAGAGAAGGGGAUGGAAUCUGGGAGAAGGGGAUGGAAUCUGGAAGAAGGGGGUGGAAUCUGGGAGAAGGAGAUGGAAUAAGGGAGAAGGGGAUGGAAUCUUGGAGAAGGGGAUGGAAUCUGGGAGAAGGGGAUGGAAUCUGGGAGAAGGGGAUGGAAUCUGGGAGAAGCGGAUCAAAUCAGAGAGAAGGGGAUGGAAUCUGGGAGAAGGGGAUUCAAUCUGGGAGAAGGGGAUGGAAUCUGGGAGAAGGGGAUGGAAUCUGGGAGAAGGGGAUGGAAUCUGGGAGAAGGGGAUGGAAUUUGGGAGAAGGGGAUGGAAUCUGGGAGAAGGGGAUGGAAUCUAG